AUGGUUUCGUUUUCGUGUGAGGUUUGCAACGAUACAGUGGUCAAGAAGAAGCUGGCGGUGCAUCAGAGACAAUGUAAUGGCGCAUACUUUACAUGUAUUGAUUGCAAUACAACAUUCUACAACAAUGACCACAAUAGUCAUACCAGUUGUAUAACCGAAGCUGAAAAAUACGAGAAAGGCUGGAAAGCUCCUAAAUUUGAGUCUGUUAAGAGCAAACAGGAACCUCGAGAACCUCAGUCGUCUGAACCUAAGAAAAAAGACAAUAAGCAAAAAUCAAAGACCAAGUCCGCCGAGCCAUCGCUUGCAUCGUUUGUUUCUGGGUCUGAAUCGCUCUACAAAGUUCUCAAGAAAGCCCGCAAAGGACUCAAGAAAGACAAGUCCGAACUGCUUAAAUCAUUAAAAGUGCACAAGAACGCAGAUGGCACCAUCACCGUGUCCCUAUGA